AUGAAACUUGUAUCAUUCCACAACGUGAAUCAACUCAACAACGAAGCAUCGGGUCCCGGGACGGCAAAAAGCGCACUCACGGGGCUAACGAGUGAACAAAUAUUUGAGAAAUAUGCCCCUUGUUUUGAAGGUAUUGGCAGAAUAUCCGAGCCAUAUCACAUCAAGAUUGAUGACAGCGUCACACCGGUAGUUCACCCGCCUCGUAAUCUUCCGGCAACACUACGGGAUCGAGUUCAAGCAGAACUUUUCGAUAUGGAGAGCAAAGGCAUUAUAAAAGCAGUUAAUGAGCCAACCGCGUGGGUAAACUCGAUGGUCGUCAAUGAGAAACGGUCCGGACGACUCCGAAUUUGCAUCGAUCCUCGCGAUCUAAACAAGGCGAUUCGCAGAGAACAUUAUCAAUUACUUACACAGCAGGAAAUCACUAGUCGCUUGACAGGUGCGAAAUUCUUUAGUAAACUCGAUGCAACGUCUGGAUUUUGGCAAAUGCCGCUCGAUGACGAAAGCUCGAACCUCACGACGUUCAACACACCAUUCGGGCGUUAUCGCUUUACUGUUGUUCCCUUUGGCAUGGUCUUCGCGCAAGAAGUUUUCCACAAAACGGUCCACGAGAAAUUCAACGAUAUUCUUGGCUGUGAAACUGACAUCGACGACAUUCUCAUUUGGGGACGCACAAUCGACGAACACGACUUACGUCUCGAACAGGUUCUAAAUCGCGUCCAAGAAAUAAACAUGACUUUGAGUCAAGAGAAAUGCCAGUUUCGUCAAACGGAAGUUACCUAUCUCGGUGAGAGACUAACUCAAGAAGGCGUUAAGCCGGAUGGCGCCAAACUUAAAGCGAUAAGAGAUUACGUCAAGCCCACCAACAAACAGGAUGUUCAGAGACUUCUGGGCAUGGUUAUAAUAAUAAUAAUAAUCUGUUUAAUUAAUCACAUUGCAGUCUCUACUGAAUUACAUGAUUAUAAGUAA